UGGACUUUGAUGAAGUGAAAAUUUUGGAUAAAGAAUGCAAUUAUCAUAAAAGAUGUAUCAGUGAAAUGAUACACAUUUCCAUACAUGACACAAUGAAUAUUAGAACAGAUACUCAAAAAUUAAGUAUAAUUUACAACAAUUUAUUAAGAGAAAUCAAAUAAAUAUAAUGAAUUCGUGUCCGUAAGAAUUUCAUCAGAACAUGUUUGAAAAUCCAAUGAUAACAUAUUUAUACUCGAAUACAAAACACCAGUAUCAUAUCAGCCAAGCAAAGAGAACAACCGCAUAAGUUUCGUGGCAAAAACCAACUAUUAAAAAUAAGAUUAUUGACGAAAUAGAAAACCUCAACAUAGGUCUAAUGGAAUUCAACAACUCCACCCGCAUCGUAAUACAUAUGACUAAAUUGUCCUGAAGAAGAUCCCAAGUAGGAUCGAAACGUUGACAGUUGAAACUGAGUGUAUUAUUCACCCUAUUAGCAGUCCUGAAGCCAAGAUCCCUAUUUCCUGAGUUGAAUGCAAGGACGAGAUUUGUUGGAUAUGGAAGUUGAUACCGGCUUUUUUCAUAACAUCACCACAGAAUACGGGUAUGAUGUUGUUGGGUUGUUGAAAUCUUGGAUGAAUAUCAAUCGUAGGUUAGCUUUGGCGAGAAAUCGAAGGAUAUAUUUGUUAACUUGUAGAACAAAAAACGUUUCACCCAAGCAUAUUGCAAAUAACAUUAAAUGUAUUGACACAUUAUACGCAGAGGAAAGUCCAUAUACGAACGAUAUUGCAAAAGUCAAAAUUAGAUUUCAGAAGUCAGUUUUAAAUCUAGAGAUAAAAAUUAUUUUGUGGAAGUUGAAAAGACUUGAAAAAGAAAUAUCAUCAAUCAAGGCUAAAAUUGAGAAUCGAAUACCCGCAGAUGUCUCCACGACAUUUUUUCGUAAAACACAGGAGACAUACGACAGACAGUUUAAUUUAAUUAAGAAAAACAAUUUGAAGAAAAUUCAAUAUUUGUGUGAUGAAAGGGCUACAUUCAGGUUGGAAACCAAAAAAAAUUUAGUUUUUAAUUAUACGAACGUACAAUUACCUGAAUCGGUUAUACAAAUUCUUGGUGUAGGUCCAAAAUUCAACAUCCCGUGUCACUCAGGUUCCAAAUAUAGAUUGAACAUCAACAUAAUCAAAGACUUCGAAUAUAUCUUGAAUAGUCAAUCAGAUUUUUCUGAGGAAGCAAAAAAUGACCUCAGAUCCUCCUUUACAAACAUCACUACAAAUCAUUGUAAUGCAAUGAAGAGAAACAACAAAAAGAACAACUUAUUCUUAACAAACCUUAUUGCAACAAAAAAAUUUCUUCAGGAUCAUCCUGAAUGCAUGGUUUCCAAAUCAGACAAGGGAAACAGUACGGUUUUUAUGUACAAAGAUGAUUACAUGACAGCUAUGAGUGAAUUAGUUAAUGAUGAAACUACUUAUAGGACUUUACGCAGAGAUCCAACCUCAAAUUUUCAAACAAAAAGUAACGAUUUAGUUAAAGACCUUUUUAACCAACAAAUGAUAAGUGAACCCACAAUGAAAAAACUCAGAACACACAACUCCUUACCACCAAGAUUGUACGGACUGAGAAAAACGCACAAACCUAAUCUGAGCAUGCGACCAAUUGUCAGUUGUUUGAAUUCCCCCACAUACAACUUAUCCAAUUUUAUUCACCAAAUUUUAUCUCCUUGGACUACAACUUUUGACUAUAAUGUGAAAAAUUCUUUGGAACUUGUUGAAUUCUUAAAGACAGUGCAACUGCCCCCAAACUAUGUGAUGGUGUCACUGGACGUCGUUUCAUUGUUCACCAAUAUACCGAAGCAUUUAGUUUUGCAAAUCAUAAAAGAGAACUGGUCACAUAUAUCAGCCUACACAGAAUUAGAUAAAACCAUGUUAUGUAGGAUUAUAGAUUUUAUUUUCGAAUCGAGUUACUUUGUGUUUAAUGGACAAAUAUAUUUACAAAUUGAGGGCUCUGCGAUGGGUAACCCAGCGAGUCCUACUUUAGCAAACAUGGUGAUGAAUUACCUUAUUUCUAAAUGCGUUAAAAAACUUUCAUUUGUGAUACCAGUGUUGAAGUUAUACGUAGAUGACACGUUCAUAGCUGUUCCAAAUGACAAAAUUGAUGAAUUUCUCGAGACAUUCAAUGCUUUCCAUCCACGCAUUCAAUUCACUUUAGAAAAGGAAGUAGAUAAUUCAAUAGCAUUUUUAGAUGUCCAGCUUAUCAGAAAAAACGAUGGAACAAUCUUGACCAAUUGGCAUACCAAAGCAACUGCGUCCAACCGAGUUCUCAAUUACUUUUCACACCACCCACAAAUCCACAAAAACAAUACCAUAAAGAACCUAUGUUUUAGAUGUUACAGUCUCAGCAGUAGAGAAUUUUGGCCAGUGAAUGAAAUGAAAAUAAAAAGUAUUCUAAGAAAGAACAAUUACCCCAGAAAGCUAAUAAAUAAAAUUAUGCAUUCCUAUAAACACAAAUUUGUUGAGACCACAAGAAUUAAUACAGAAAGGAGGGAAAAAGAUGGAAUCAUCUAUUAUAAAUUUCCAUACAUUGAAGGUUUAUCGGAAAAAGUUGGUAAUUUGAUAAAAAAUCAAGCAUCUAACAUCAAGCUUGCUUUCUAUCCACUCACAAAACUAGAGAACAUAUACACAAAAUUAAAAGACUCUGUUCCGAAAUUAAUGACAUCUAAUUUGGUUUACCAAAUUCCUUGUAAAGAUUGCAACCUAUCGUAUGUGGGCAUGACUAAACAGUACCUAAAAAAUCGUAUACGUCAACAUAAGUACGAUUGCCAGGGAAAGAAUAUAGACAAAAAUGAGAAAACCGCUCUAGCUGUGCACCACUUCCAAGAAAAUCAUAAUUUGGACUUUGAUGAAGUGAAAAUUUUGGAUAAAGAAUGCAAUUAUCAUAAAAGAUGUAUCAGUGAAAUGAUACACAUUUCCAUACAUGACACAAUGAAUAUUAGAACAGAUACUCAAAAAUUAAGUAUAAUUUACAACAAUUUAUUAAGAGAAAUCAAAUAAAUAUAAUGAAUU